UUUCAGGAAGAUAACUUAUUUUAUUUCUAUUGGUAUAAAAAUGUAUAUAAAACAGAAUGUCAAGUAUUUUUGUUUAUUGUGAUCUGGUCAUCAUAAGUAACGCGAUUUAUUUUCAUAUCUGCGAAAUCAUUUAUCCAGAAUAAAAUGAAAGGGUUCAUAUUUUUUGCUUUGGUGAUUGUGGCACUCUAUGGGUGUGCUGAUGCUUUCCCGCAAAAUCUAAAACAUAGCGAUAAAACUGUGCAUGUGGUUGGAACCCAAUCAGAUAAUGAUGCUGCCGGCAAAGUAAUCAAAUCUAUUCCCCCUGUUGUGGUCCUUCCAACCUUCGGUGGAAUAGGUGAGCAACCAGAAGCUUUGAAGUCUGACCAAUCAACUCAGAAUAUUAUCAAAUCAAAAGUUGGCACAGCUAUAGCUGCAAUUGGGGGCAGUGUUUAUUAUGAAAUUGAGGGCCUUCGUCCUUGAAUGAAUCAUUUUUGUUACUAAUAUGAAAAAUCAGAACUGCGAUUAUAAAAAUAAAAUGUAUAAGCAAUUAAGAUAAAAUUA